GUCUGAUCUACCCUUCUCUACCACCGCUCAGCAUGGACCACGUAUCUAGGGCAAUUCAGCAGCCCCGAGUGGUGGUCACUCGCCUCCAGCGUUACUGCUUUCGCCGCAAUUACCAUCUACGACCCUCCUUUUCUCGCGUUAUCCCUCCCUUCUCCCACCGCCUCGGACCUCGUGCUGCGGCGACCACUUUCAACGCCGACACCUCCAACCUCCCCAACACCAUCCCUUCAUAUCGGAUAGCUUUGCGCCGCCACGCCUCGACGAUGGCGGACCCACAGUUUGCAGAGGGGACCAACCCCGAACAGGCGCGCCAGGGAUUGCAGACGCUGCAGGAACAGGGAUGGGUGCUGGAUGAGGACGGACAGGGCUUGAAGAAGACCUUCUAUUUCAAGUCGUACUUCAAGGCGGUGAGCUUUGUCAACGUGGUCGCAUCGCAGAGUUCGACCAAGAAGCACCAUCCUACCAUGACUGUGAGAAUCGGAUCGGUCGAUAUCCACUGGACUACCCACCAUCCUCGGGGCUUAAGUGAGAAGGACUUGGAAAUGGCGCAGCAUUGCGACGAGGCAGCGGAGUUGAUGGGGUCGGUGGAACAAGGACAGGGGAAAAAGUGCUCUCCGGGUCGAGACUAAUCCGAAUCCCCAUUGUUGGAUGGAAUGGGAAUGGGGGAGUUGUGUGGCGUAAGGAGCUGAGGGGAGAUUCAUGUUAAUAUGGAGUGUGAUUGAUUGGUAUUUAUUAGUGACUUGCCAGCGGAAUAUUCCCAUGAUAGCCAAAUUGAUUAAAAU